CAUGAAUUUUACACCGUCCGAUCCAAGAAAAAGCCUCAUCCGACCAUCAAAUAUUCCAAUUCAAUUUUCAAAUAAGAGAGAGGGAGGACAAGAGAAAAGGAUGUCCUCAUUUGAUAUUUCUUCUUCUCUCCUUCCAUUCUUCUUCCCUCUUCUCAAUUUCCCAGCGCGAAAGAAUCCCCUCCUCUAUCCGUACAGAUCGAGCCGCCGGAAUAUUAACCAUAGUCGGAAAUUACCGUCAGAUAUUCGCCGGAUUCCGGCACUUCUCUGCAGCUAAAAGGGGACCUCACCACUCCUCUCUCCCUCUCGUCUGUCGAUCUCUGAUCAGAAGGUUCUGGAUUUUUGGAGAAUUUCAAUGCGGGCGUCAGGUUUCUGCACUGAGGAUUUGGUUUCCGGACGAUGCGAAAUUGUCUGAAUCGAAUUUCGUUCGUUUAAAAUUUGUUCGUCAUCAGAUUCCGAGUCGAUGGAGCAAAGCCUUCAACCGGCAGCGGCAGCAUCGAUUCCCGCGCUGGCGCCUGAUUUCCCGCCGAAGAAGCUCGCUCGUCAGCUGGAUUUCACGGCUUUGUACAGCAGCAUGACGUCGACGCCAGCUGUCAGUUCGGGGCCGCCAUCGCCACUGCCGCCGACUCUCUGCCCUCCAUUGCCAGCCGUUGCUGCUGUAAAGCCAGAGUCUCCGAGUUCACGCCCAUGGCCCUAUGAAGGAAUUCAAGGAAAAGACGGUACUCCAAAGAAGCCAAAGCUAUGCAAUUGCAAAAACUCAAAAUGCUUGAAGUUGUAUUGCGAGUGCUUUGCAUCAGGAAUUUACUGCGAGGGCUGCAAUUGUACAAACUGUCACAAUAAUGUCGAACAUGAAGCUGAGAGGCAUGAGGCCAUUGAAGCUACUUUAGAGCGUAAUCCAAAUGCCUUUCGGCCGAAGAUUGCCAGCAGUCCACAUGCAACUCGGGAUAGCAGAUAUAAAAGGGUUUGCGUCUUCAGGGAGGCCAUCACCUCACUAUUAGGGUGUAAGCUUGAUGUAUCAUGUAAGGAGGAGGCGGGAGAAUUCCCAGUAGUGGCAAGGCACAACAAGGGUUGUCACUGCAAGAAAUCAGGGUGCCUCAAGAAGUACUGUGAGUGCUUCCAAGCCAACAUUCUCUGCUCUGAAAAUUGUAAAUGCAUGGACUGCAAGAACUUCGAAGGCAGCGAAGAGAGAAGGGGUCUCUUCCAUGUCGAUCAUGGCAAUGCCUUGACCUACAUCCAGCAGGCUGCUAAUGCUGCCAUUACUGGAGCUAUUGGAUCCUCUGGCUAUGCCUCCCCUCCAGCAAAUAAAAAGAGGAAGACCCAGCAGGACCUCUUCUUCAGCACAUCAGUCAAGGAUACACCUGUUCACCGGUUUGGUCAGUUCUCACAGGUGAAUCAUCUGAGGGCUACUGCACCCACCUCUUCCUUGUCUUCUGUUCCCGUAGCACGGGUUAAUCCUGCAGCAUUGGGGUCUUCGAAAUUCACAUACAGGUCUCUGUUAGCAGACAUCAUCCAAGCAGGGGAUGUGAAGGAGCUCUGCAGACUUUUGGUUGUUGUAUCAGGAGAAGCUGCCAAGACAUUAGCAGAUGAGAAAGGCCUUACAGAGAAAUCAACUGAUAAAGAAAGUCAAACGGAAAGUUGCCUUGCUUCUUCAAGGCAUGAUGGCAACAGUUGCCCAAAAGAACCGGAUGUUCGGGAAGCUUCAGCAGAUGAUUUUUCAAGUGUGAAUCAGGGGGAAAAAAUGGGCACGGAUGAGUUGGGUUCGGAUGGUGCUGAUGUGCAGAAAGGAAUGCCAAUGUCUCCUGGAACACUUGCACUAAUGUGUGAUGAGCAAGACACGCUAUUCAACACAUUGGCAUCACCAUCUGGAUCUGCUGGUCAUGGCCGUGGGACAUCUCUGUGCUCUCAGUACAGCAGCCAGGGCAUAACAAAGAUCUAUGCAGAGCAGGAAAGGCUCAUCUUGACAGAGUUGCGGGAGUGUCUUCUAAAGCUCAUUGCCUGGGGUAAAAGACAAGAAACAAAGUAUGCUUCUUUGGCUGCGAGAACCGAAACACUGAGUCAUUCAGAACCAUUUGUAGGUAAUGGCAUUCCAAGGGCAGCCGCCGCAGAGACAUCUCCAUCUGCAAAUGGCGUCACUAUCUCUUCUAAUAACUGUCUUCCUCCCAAGGUCAGGCGCGUGUUUGGGAAUGGAGAAUUGAAACCGAAAAUUGAGAAUUUGGAGAUGUAAAAGAAAACAUUCAAAGCAUGUCAGUGCAUCUCUGUAAAAUUGGGCCAUGUCUUGAUCUGGGCCAUCUUGCAGCCAUUGCUGCAAUCAUUAAGAGAAUGUCAUUCAUGGUUCUGAAA